CUCCCCAGCGCCCAACUCGGUAUCUGAGUCUUGGCCGAUUUCUCGAGCAUCCAUCCCUUCCGAGAGAGCCCUCGCCGAAGCUACAAGCAUUGAGGGCUCAAGACUCAACGGGAAAAUGCCGCUCCGGAUCACGACGUGGAACGUCAACGGCAUCCGGAAUCCAUUCGGAUACCAGCCAUGGCGGGAGAACCGCUCGUUCCAGGCCAUGUUUGACACCCUCGAGGCAGACAUCGUCGUCAUGCAGGAGACCAAGAUUCAGCGCAAGGACCUGAGGGAUGACAUGGUCCUGGUCCCGGGCUGGGAUGUCUACUUCAGUUUCCCCAAGUACAAGAAAGGAUACUCUGGUGUAGCCAUCUACACGCGUUCCUCCAAGUGCUGCCCGAUCCGCGCAGAAGAAGGCAUUACCGGCGUUCUCUGUCCGCCGAACUCCUCCACAAAGUUCCGCGAGCUCCCUUCGGACCUGCAAAUCGGCGGAUACCCUAAGCCCGGACAACUUUCGGAUUCAAUCGACGAACAAACGCUCGACUCUGAAGGCCGUUGCGUGAUCCUGGAGUUCCCUGCUUUCGUUCUUAUUGGAGUCUAUAGCCCCGCCACCCGAGACGAGACGAGAACCGAGUUCCGCGAGGCCUACAUCGACGCUAUCGACGUCAGAGUGCGCAACCUGGUCGCCAUGGGGAAGCAAGUCUUUCUGUGCGGCGAUCUGAAUAUCGUGCGCUCUCCGCUGGACACCGCUGGCUUGGCGGAACGACUGCGAAAGGAGGGCAUGACGCUUGACGAGUUCAUGUCGACGCCCCCGCGACGCCUUCUCAACCACUUAGUAUUUGGGGGAACUGUCGUCGGAGGGAGAGACGAAGGCAGAGAAGAGCCAGUCCUGUGGGAUCUCUGCAGAGAAUUUCAUCCCACUCGUGCAGGCAUGUUCACCUGCUGGGAGACGAAGAAGAAUGCGCGGCCAGGCAACUUCGGGAGUCGAAUAGACUACGUGCUGUGCAGCUCUGGAAUCAAGGACUGGUUCAUCGACGCCAAUAUCCAAGAGGGGCUCCUUGGAUCCGAUCAUUGUCCCGUAUACGCGACGAUUGGUGACGCCGUCAGUUUUGGGGAUACCAAUGUCCCCAUUGAGGAUGUCAUGAACCCGGCAGGCAUGUUCAAAGGCGGCAAGCGACUCCGGGAGUGGUCCUCCAAGGAUCUUCUUCCCACUUCAGCGAAGCUCAUUCCCGAGUUUGACCGCAGACAAAGCAUUCGCGAGAUGUUCUUCAAGAAGAGCGCUCCGUCUGCAAAGACGAGUACACAGGCUCAGAUGGACAAUCAAGACGGCCGUGGCGUUCUGGAUGCCGCAAACGGGGUAAAAACCACUGGCAUCCUCGAGAACAACACAACUCCCGGCUCGGACAGAAACCCAACAAUUGCGUCGGUCUCAGUCAGCAGCACAACCCCCAAUAGCGCGGCCUCCCCGCAAAAGUCGGUUCCUACGAAGCGGCAAGCAGAGUCCUCAACGGCCGUGCGCCGGCCCCAGAAGAAAGGGAAGGGGAACUUGAACAGAGCGGGUUCCACAAACUCAACUACGGGCUCUUCGCAGAGCACUCUGAAAGGUUUCUUCAAGCCAAAAACACCGGUCCCAGACGAGGAUCCCCCCACCCCAGCCCAGGGUGUCGAUGAAUCGAGCCCCGAGCUGAAGGCUGACCGCGAUUGCCCUGGCGUGCAAACCGCUUCGGGCGCCGAAUCGAACAGCGGUACCUCCACAGGAGAUGACGUCGACAACACUCUUGAGCAAAGCCAAAAGCCUGAGGGCUCCUCUUCGGAAAAGGUGUUUGACCCCAUCCAGGCAAAGGAGUCCUGGGGCAAGCUGCUUGGCAAGAGGGUCGUGCCCAAAUGCGAGCACGGCGAGGAUUGUCAGAUGCUGGUCACCAAGAAGCCCGGCAUCAAUUGCGGCCGGUCCUUCUUCAUGUGUGCUCGUCCGCUGGGUCCCUCGGGCGACAAAGAGCAGGGAACCGAGUUUCGUUGCCGAACCUUCAUCUGGAGCAGUGACUGGAGCGGUCGAUAAUGCUGGUAUUGGGACACAGGAGGCUUUAUGGUAGCGCGUCGAUUGCUCUGUCUGGUUCGUCUCUGCCGUUUUGUCACCGCAGACGAUGUUCUAGGAGCAGCCUGAAAAGAGCGCUGCUCUCUUGAAUCGCGCUCUUUCGGCCCCCGUCUCCGCAAGGGCCUGCACAUAUGGCUCCAGCUCUGAUUGCCUAGUUAGCAAUCGACUCGGUUGGCGUUUGCUCGGACAACUUGUUCUUCCACCACCCGCGAUACUUGGUGUUUGUGCUUCUGUGCUUCC